AGCACACGUCACACAGCAACGCGAGAGUUGGAAGCUGAGUUCACAAGGAUUUCAAAGUGUUUUCCUAGCGAUCAACAAGCAGAAUAGCGAAUAAAACAGGAGCCGACAACAUGAAGAACUUUACGGAUGUGGUGCACAAAUUCUACAACGAGUACACGCUCAAAACGCCCAAGAAGCUGAAAGUGGUCGACGCCUACUUACUUUACGUCCUGCUAACCGGCAUCACGCAGUUUGUGUACUGCUGCCUCGUUGGAACAUUCCCGUUCAACUCUUUCCUGGCCGGUUUCAUUAGCACCGUUAGCUGUUUCGUGCUCGGUGUUUGCCUUCGCCUGCAAUCGAACCCGCAGAACAAGGACCAAUUCCUGGGAAUCUCGCCCGAACGGGGAUUCGCUGAUUUCGUGUUUGCACAAAUUAUUCUCCAUCUGGUCGUUGUUAAUUUCAUCGGCUAGAAACACAAAGUCCAUGAUACCAUGAAAUUAGAUUUUGUAAGCUGAUAGAGUAAAAUAUAAUGAAAAAUACAUGAUGAA